UUCGGCCGUCGUCGGGACCACCGUACCAGUCUGCCUAGCUCCGUGGCGUUAGUAAUUAGCAAGCAUGGCGACCGCACAGUGAUAAAAAUAAAAAAUUAAUUUUUUUUUUUUUUUAAAAUAGAGAGAAUAACAUCAAUCGCCCCAUAUUCGUGCGCGGCGCUCGAAACAUAUCGUCAUAGAGGGGAGUUUGGAUCUAUUUUAAAUGUUCCUUUCCAAGAUCGAAUCAAACAAUCGGACUGAUGUGCAGCUUAGGGUUCAAAACACGCAAUAGUCCAUCGCAGAAAACGUCAUUGCGUUGGGGCGAUUGUUGUCCACUGUGGUUUUGAGCCAACUGCACUAAAACCCCGUAGGGAACUAAAAUCGGCUUACACUUAUUUUUAUUUUUGUAACUACGAGCCAAGUUUUCCGUUUCAUAAGAGUUACCUUUAUUAAUCUGUUAACAAAAAAGUAUUUCGAUAUACAUAUCCUAUAUUUGUUUAAACUUUGUUACAUAAUAUACAUUUUUAUUGAUAUAUUUUUGUUGUGUUGAAAAAAAAAUAUACCUAACAAAAGCAAUUCGUUGGUGAUAUUGUUACCGGAAAUGUGUUAGUGUAGCUGAUCCAGAGAGUGUACUACUUGAACACGAAAACGAAAACAGUCGAUUGGAGGGCAGUUUAAUUAUAUAAUAAAACCACUCGUCCAACAAACCAUCCACGAUGAACGUCGUGGGUGUCAUAUCUAUAGUUUUCUUCUAUUGCCUAAUCCUGUCGGUCGGGCUAUGGGCCGGCAAGAAGAAACACACCGGCAACUCGGAGGAAGAAGUAAUGCUGGCGGGCAGAAAUAUUGGGCUUUUCGUCGGCAUAUUUACGAUGACGGCAACCUGGGUCGGCGGUGGGUAUAUUAAUGGGACGGCCGAAGCGAUUUACACGUCAGGCCUGCUAUGGUGUCAAGCUCCGUUCGGAUAUGCUCUAAGUUUGGUCUUCGGUGGAAUAUUUUUCGCCGAUCCGAUGCGCAGACAAGGGUAUGUUACCAUGUUGGAUCCGCUUCAAGAUUGUUUCGGCGAACGUAUGGGAGGACUGCUGUUUUUACCAGCUCUGUGCGGUGAAGUGUUUUGGUCUGCCGGGAUAUUGUCCGCUUUGGGGGCUACGUUGAGUGUGAUCAUCGAACUGGACCAGGCUACCAGCGUUAUUUUGAGCUGUUGCAUUGCAGUUUUCUACACAAUUUUCGGAGGACUAGCCAGCGUCGCUUACACGGAUGUCAUUCAACUGUUCGCCAUAUUCAUAGGACUGUGGUUAAGCGUGCCGUUUGCGUGGUAUAACAAGAAAGUAGACUUUAACCAGCCUGGUUUGGAUUUGAUCGGCGAGAUCAAGGGAAAGGAUUUCUUAAGCUACAUAGAUUACGCGUUGCUGUUGGUGUUUGGUGGAAUUCCGUGGCAGGUAUAUUUCCAAAGGGUGUUAUCCAGUAAAUCUGCUGCACAAGCUCAGAUACUCUCAUUUGUCGCUGCUUUUGGAUGCUUCAUCAUGGCAAUACCACCGGUCAUUAUUGGAAUGGUAGCAAGGGCUACAGAUUGGAAUCAGACAAAAUACGAAGGACCGAUGCCAAUGACUCAGAAGGAAACUAGCAUGGUGUUACCAAUGGUUAUGCAGUAUCUUACUCCAGAUUGGGUGGCGUUCUUCGCAUUGGGUGCGAUUUCUGCAGCUAUAAUGUCUUCGGCCGAUUCCAGCGUUCUUUCAGCCAGUUCUAUGUUUGCGCGAAACAUCUAUCGAAUGUUAUUACGACAAAGCGCAUCAGAAAUGGAGAUUGUCUGGGUCAUGCGAUUAUCCAUCGUAGUCGUCGCCUUUUCCGCUACGACUAUGGCAAUUACUAUCCCGUCCAUUUACGGCCUGUGGUCCAUGUGUUCUGACCUAGUUUACGUUAUCCUAUUCCCACAGUUAACUAUGGUAGUUCAUUUCAAACACUAUUGCAAUACAUACGGGUCACUAGCCGCGUACAUAGUCGCAUUUUACAUACGAAUGGCUGGCGGCGAACCUCUGUUGGGCUUGCGACCAAUGAUACACUUCCCUGGAUGGGACGGUGAAAAACAACUAUUCCCGUUCCGGACCACAGCUAUGCUCUGUUCGUUGUUUACGCUGGUAUUCGUCUCUUGGUUUACAAAGUGGCUGUUUAUCAACGGUAAGCUGGCACCGCACUACGACUGGUUCCAUUGCGUGGUGAACAUACCGGAGGACGCGGUGCGAGUUGGGGAGCCGCACGAGGGUGAACAGAUGACCACGCUCACGUCGGGUCCGAUGGGGGCGCAGUACGGCGCCGCCGUGACCACCGGUCUGGUUGGCAAAGACGAGAGGAACGGCAGAAUCAACCCGGCACUGGACAUCAAUGACGACGAAGCGACUACCACUACCGCGGUUCAGAGGAAAGCCAGCGUCGUGGGAAAGGUGUACAAGCAGGGGUACGAACAGACGACCACCGGGUUUUGAGUAGGUCGUAUCUCGCGCGACCCAGUUCUGAUAGGAUCACGAGAAUUAUCGUAGUAGCCCUCUAUUCAUAACAUAUUGUAACCGAAACCCCUUAAGUCUAAUACAAAAAUAUUACCUAUUUAUUCAAAACAUUGGGCCGACCUCAACACGUUUGGGUAUGAAAACAUUUUUAAAAAAAAUAUGGAUAUCAUACGAUUGAGCGCAUUCGUACUUUUUAUGUGUGGCUAUCAUUUCGAGUACUGCACUGAGUAUACGUCAAAUGAUUAUUAGCUUUCGACACUAGUUGAACAGCACUAGAUUGAGCACAACGUCGUUUACAAAGUUGCAAUAUUUACGUUAAAAAAAACUUUAAUACAUAUCAAUUAUAUAAGAACCAAGACUGUUGUAUGAUAUUAUAACGAUAUCUAAUAAUACAAAAAACAACAUUAGGUUGAGCACAAUGUUGUUUACAAAGUUGCAAUAGUUACGUUAAAAAAACUUUAAUACAUAUCAAGUAUAUAAGAACCAAGACUGUUGUAUGAAAUUAUAACGAUCUCUAAUAAUACAAAAAAAUAGUAUAAGCUGUUUCAGCUUCAAAUCCACAGAAACGUGAAAUGAAACUGUUUAGUUACAUUAAACUAAAUAAUUAUAUAUACUUUAAAUUCAAUAAUCAAAGAAUAUUUAUAAAUAGGUAUAAUAGGUAAAACUUUUUUUAUUAAAUCAAAAAAUUUAUAAUUGAUAAUUUUUUGCUUGAGUUAUUACUUGUUUCAUAUUAAAAUCUGUAGUGUGCUAAUACAAAUAAUAUUACAUGUUUAUUAUAUUUAUGAUUUCCAAAGUGAAUCACUACAAGAUUAGAUACCAAUAAACACAAUAUAAAUUCACAUUAUUAUUUAAGAAUGUGUUUUUACAGUUGUCAGUCACUUACGAUUUACGUUACGAUCAUUGUGAUGAAAAAAAGAGUUUUAUAAUGUUUUGAAAUUUUAAACAAUAAUAGUACUCAAUAAUAGUGCAUAAAAAGCAGCUGGAAAAUAAGAGCGUGCUCAAUCGUAUAAUUUUACCUAUGAAUACAACUAUACAAUGCUUGGGUACACAAUACUCCUUGGAAAAAUACUUUGGGGUACAUUACAGGACUGAUGACAUAUUACUGAUUUAACUGUUUAUUUGUUAAAUUAUCGCGAUUAUAUAUUUUUAUUUCAAACGAUUUAGUUUUGAUAUGGGAUGAUCAAUAAUUGGCGUUUAUAGUUGGUACCAAUAUCAUUAGGAGACAUCAUUAACAUUUUGGUUUUGUAUCGUCCCACAAAUAUUUUGGGAUGUUUAUUCACUCGUCAUAGAUUUAAAACUAAAAUUUUAAUUUGAUUUCUGUUAUUUAUUACAUUUUUUUAAAAAUUAAAUAUUAUAUUGAUUUGUAUACAGUCAAGAAGUGCACCUUAUACCGUCCUACACCAACCAAUCGACAUAGGGUGAAUGUAUUGCAUUAAUGUGUACCCAAUAAUAUGUAUCGUGUUCAUCGUGUACUCAAUCAUGUUCUAAAUUGGUUGUUAAAAAUUUGUUAUGUACCCAAACGUGGUGUAACCCAUACUAUUAUAUUAUAACUGAGUCCAAUUCUGUGGUCCUAAACUGCUAUUUAUCCCUACGUGGUUUUGUUUUUAGUGAAAUUUCGUGGGCACUACAACACUUGCGUUUCUCACGUUCCGUGUUGUUUGACUGUUAUUUAAAAAUAUAGAAUUAGAAAUGAAUAUUUUAUCAGUAUUAGAAAAAACUGUACCUGUCACACGUUUGAGAUCUAUAAGGUUAUAUUAUAUAUUUUCAGUGUUGAUUCUUCCAAAAAAAAUAAUUUAAAUAAUACCUAAUAAUAAAUGAUAAUAAUUAAAAUAAUUAUAAAGAAUAGAAUAAACACAAUAUAUAGAAUUAUUAAAUAAAAACGCCAAUUUAUAAUGGUCUGUAGUUGGAAAUAAAUUAAUUGGCAUUUAAAUUUAACAAAAUAAAUUUAUAUUACACUAUAAUAUUAAUGGUUUUUUAGUACUAGUAUUUUAGAAACUCGAAUAUGUUAAUUAAUUAAUUGAUUAAAGUUGUUAAUGUGAUUGUUGAGCUUUUUUAAAAACGUUUAAAUUUAAUCAGAGAUUUUAUGUGCUUUUAUGUCUAUUUUUAAGCAUAAAACUUAAAAUUCCACUAUUAUUGUUAUUAUCGGGAAUUUGUUAAAGGACUUGUACAAUGAUACAUAUCAUUUUAUCUUACUGUUAAGAUUAACAAUUACAUAUCAUUAUAUGUAUUCAAUACAUGACUGACCUUUAGGAAAAUAGUAAAAAAAAAAUUACAUUUUAGAAUUAUUACAUCUUUUAUAAUUAAUAAUAUUUUACUUGGUGAUAUUCGGUCGGUUUAAAUGUUCAUCACAACAUUAUAUAAUUAAAUAAUUUUACUGUUGUUUGACUUUGAAAUGUUGAAUUAAGCCAAAUUAGAUGAACUAGUUCAUAGUUGAAAGCGACCGAUUUCUCAAAUCGAGAAUUUACAUUACAAUUUUAAGUACCUAAACAUAAAACAUAUCAGCACACGACAAAACAUUUUGUUAUACGGCAGUUUAAAAAUACCUUAAGUCCCGCGAUUUGUAUUUUUUUUUUUUUUUAGUGAAAAAUAUACAAAAUAAUCAUACAUACUUAAAUAUAUAUUAUAAUACUAUGUAUAAUGUAUAUCUUUAAACAGGCAAUUUAGCGUACUAUUUACAAGCAAAAAAAAAAGUUGUUAUAUAAUAUUAUAAUUAUAAUAGAAUGAAAUACUAAAGUAAAAUGUAUUUACAAUGAAAUUGUCUAAUCGAUAUGUAGUUGUAAGUAGUAUAAUAAAAUUGAUGUCAUGUUAAAAGCCGAUGUUCUUACUGUAAUGCGUUGAUUAAAAAUUGCGGAACAUCACAAACUACUUAAUUUCAUUAAAUGCUAUAAAUAUGUAA